AUGUCAGGUGCUAGAACUCAGAUGGCGGACUCGUCCACAUCUCCGCCAGUAUGUGAAAAUCGACGAUUAGAUUAUUCCGGGUUGAAGUUUACUUACGGUGACGGUUCUGAUGAUGAGGGUUCUUCCUUGACGUCUGAGUUGCCGUCGUGUGUUUACGCCGCGGCGAGAAGCCGGCUACAACUGCCAUUGGCCGCUUACGUUCAUCAGCAUACAAGACAAUUGCAUUCAGAUGCUCUAAUGGAGCCUUCACCGGAGCCCGAGUAUCAAUGCGCGGGUUCGCCGUACCGGGUCCAACGCGCCGCAGCCAACGUACGUGAAAGACGCCGUAUGCUGAGGUCCGGACCCAAUGGCAGUAUAAACUCGGCGUUCGACGAAUUGCGUGUCCACGUACCGACAUUUCCUUACGAGAAGAGACUCAGUAAGAUUGACACACUUCGACUGGCCAUCGCUUACAUUGCAUUGCUGAGAGAGGUAUUGGAUGCUGAUUAUGAUCCACUUACGUACGUGGAAAAGUGUCUGCGCGGUGAAAUCAAAGCCGAUCGAGCUCAUUGGAACACCAGCGAUUUAACUGCAAGGCUGUCAUGGAUAAAUUGGGAGAAUCUGGGAGUGAAUCCUCAAAGACGAAGCGUCCUAACAACUCUUGCUCUAAGCUCGGAUAACCUACAAUACCCUCACAAUUAA